GUGUUCUCUAUACAUUUUAUUAGAGAAUCACACUGCAUUUUCUUCUGAAUCUUCCCGAGGAAACCAGAGAUUAAUUAACCUUUGAAUCUCCUAAAAAAAAGAAAAAAAGAAAAGAAGCAGAAUGACACGCCAGAUAGUUGUACUUGCUCUCGUUUUCUUGGCGGUUGCCGGGGCUGUUUCCGCAGCCACUGCGCCUUCACCCGCCUCAUCUACCUCCCCUGGUGCAGCCACUCCCAAAUCAUCUCCGAAGUCAUCUCCUUCUGCUUCCCCUGCCGCCACCCCUAAGCCUUCUUCCUCCGCCGCUACUCCCAAAGAAUCUCCAAAGUCAUCUCCCUCUGCAUCCCCUGCCGCCACCCCUAAGCAUUCCUCCGCUCCUACUCCUUCGACGACCGCUAAGGGUCCAAGCCCCAAGAGCCCCGCCUCCAGUCCAAGCUCAACUCCCCCUGCUGCGGCUCCCAAGAGCUCUGCUCCCGAGGCUAAUUCCCCUGAUGUUUCAUCCCCACCUGCCCCUGGCAUUGAUGUCGAUGUGCCUUCCCCCGGACCUGCUGCUUCCCCCAAUGAGCUUCCCGCCGCUGACACCCCAGCCCCAGCCCCAGGCAAGAAUGGCGCUGCUGCUCUCAAGGCCUCUGGUGUCGUUGGUGCGGCAGCCGUUGCUGGCUUCCUCUUUUUCUAAGCACCACCAUUGUUGACAUAUAAGUUGGAGGCUCCUAAGAUACAUAAUUUGUAUUAUGGAUUCUAUGGAAAUGAAAGUGACUGUUUAAA